AUUCCAGAAAGAAAUUGGAAAGUGAAGAUUUAGGGAGAGAAUGUCAUUUUAAAAUACUCUGACUGACUUCAGGGAACGAUGCCAGAAACUUGAAAAGUGCAUCUCAGGCCAGUGUCUUAAGCAUGACUCUCUCCUGCCCUGAGCAGACAAAUUCCAGGACCGAAGGGAGAGAGGGAGAGGCCUUUCCCAUGGCCUUUGCUCCAUUGGCGAUUCCAUGUGUCUCUUCAGGGGCUGCACUGAGCGGCAGGGGCCCUGGCUCCUGAUUGCCCAUCUGUCAGGAAGACACAUGCAGCCAAAGAUGAAUUUGCGAAAAGUAGCCGCUUGCACCUUUAACCAUGGAAAAGCAGGUCUGCAGUGAGAUGGAAAUAAUCCCAUCAACGUCCUACUCCUACGUUAAAUUGUUGAAAAUCAACCGUGAACUUCUGGUCACUCACAUCCGCAACACGCAGUGUCUGGUGGACAACCUGCUGAAGAAUGACUACUUCUCAGAUGAGGACGCAGAGAUCGUGGGUGCCUGCCCCACGCAGCCCGACAAGGUCCGCAAAAUUCUGGACUUGGUACAGAGCAAGGGGGAGGAGGUAUCCGAGUUCUUCCUCUACGUGCUCCAGAAACUCGAAGAUGCUUACCUGGACCUCAGGCCUUGGCUGUUGGAGAUCGGCUUCUCCUCUUCCAAGCUCAUUCAGAGCAAAGUUGUUGUCAACACUGACCCAGUGAGCAGAUACACUCAGAAGCUGCGACACCAACUGGGCCGCGACUCCAAGUUCAUCUUGUGCUAUGCACAGAAGGAGGAGCUGCUGCUGGAAGACAUGUACACGGACACCAUCGUGGAGCUGGUCAACUUCAGCAACGAGAGCCUGGGCAGCCUGGGCAGCCUGGCCUGCCUGCUGGACCACUCCACGGGUGUCCUCAACGAGCAGGGCGAGACCAUCUUCAUCUUCGGGGACGCCGGCGUGGGCAAAUCCAUGCUGCUGCAGCGGCUGCAGAGCUUCUGGGCCACGGGCCGGCUGGACGCCGGGCUCAAGUUCUUCUUCCACUUCCGCUGCCGCAUGUUCAGCUGCUUCAAGGAGAGCGACGUGCUGAGUCUGCAGGACCUGCUCUUCAAGCAUCACUGCUACCCGGAGCAGGACCCCGAGGAGGUGUUCGCCUUCCUGCUGCGCUGCCCGCACACGGCCCUCUUUACCUUCGACGGCCUGGACGAGCUCCACUCGGACUUCGACCUGAGCCACGUGCCCGACACCUCCUCGCCCUGGGAGCCCGUCCACCCCCUGGUCCUGCUGGCCAACCUGCUCAGCGGGACACUGCUCAAGGGGGCCGCCAAGCUGCUCACGGCCCGCACGGGCACCGAGAUCCCACGCCAGCUCCUUCGGAAGAAGGUGCUUCUGCGGGGCUUCUCGCCCAGCCACCUGCAGGCCUACACCAGGAAGAUGUUCCCGGACCGGGCGGUGCAGGGCCACCUGCUGGAGCAGCUGGAAGCCAACCCCAACCUCUGCAGCCUGUGCGCGGUGCCCCUUUUCUGCUGGAUCAUCUUUCGCUGCUUCCAGCACUUUCACAGCGCUUUCGACAGCUCCCCGCAGCUGCCCGACUGCACCGUGACCCUGACCGACGUCUUCCUGCUGGUCACUGAGGUCCACCUGAACAGGACACAGCCCACCAGCCUGGUGCAGAGGAACACACGGAGCCAGACGGAGACGUUCCGUGCCAGCCAGGGCACCCUGCACUCGCUGGGGCAGGUGGCCCACUGGGGCAUGGAGAAGAACCUCUUUGUCUUCGGCCAGGAGGUGGUGCAGGCCUCCGACAUGCAGGAGGGGGCUCUGCAGCUGGGCUUCCUGAGGGCCGUGCCCGAGCUGGGCCUCGGCGGGGACGAGCAGUCCUACGAGUUUUUCCACAUCACCCUCCAGGCCUUCUUUACCGCCUUCUUUCUCGUGGUGGAUGACAAGGUGGGCACUCAGGAGCUUCUCAGGUUCUUCCAGGAGUGGGCGCCUCCCGGGGAGGCGGUGGCGGCCUCCUGCCCUCCCAUCUUCCUCCCUUUCCAGUGCCUGAGGGACAGCGGCCUGGCGAGGGAAGACCCCUUCAAGAACAAGGAUCACUUUCAGUUCAUCAACCUCUUCCUGUGCGGGCUGUUGUCCAAAGCCAAACAGAAGCUCCUGCAGCACCUCGUGCCCGCCGCAGCCCUGAGGAGGAAGCGCAAGGCCCUGUGGGCACACCUGUUCGCCAGCCUGCGGUCCUACCUGAAGAACCUGCCCCGCGUUCAGUCCGGGGGCUUCAGCCAGGUGCAGGCCAUGCCCACCUUCAUCUGGAUGCUGCGCUGCAUCUACGAGACGCAGAGUGAGAAGGUGGGGCAGCUGGCGGCCAGGGGCAUCUGCGCCAACUACCUCAAGCUGACCUACUGCAACGCCUACUCGGCCGACUGCAGCGCCCUCGCCUUCGUCCUGCACCACUUCCGCAAGCGGCUGGCCCUCGACCUGGACAACAACAACCUCAACGACUACGGCGUGCGGGAACUGCAGCCCUGCUUCAGCUGCCUCACCGUCAUCAGACUCAGCGUAAACCAGAUCACUGACAGUGGGGUAAAGGUGCUGUAUGAAGAGCUGACCAAGUACAAAAUUCUGACAUAUUUAGGCUUAUACAACAACCAGAUCACGGAUGUCGGAGCCAGGUACGUCGCCAGAAUCCUGGAUGAAUGCAAAGGCCUCACACACCUUAAACUGGGAAAAAACAAAAUCACGAGCGAAGGAGGAAAGUGUCUCGCCCUGGCCGUGAAGAACAGCAAAUCGAUCAGUGAAAUUGGGAUGUGGGGCAACAGCAUCGGUGAUGAAGGAGCAAAGGCCUUCGCAGAGGCUCUGAGGAACCACACCAGCCUGACCAACCUAAGUCUUGCAUUCAAUGGCAUCUCUACAGAAGGAGGAAAGAGCCUCGCUCAGGCCCUGCAGCAGAACGUGUCUCUGAGAAUAUUCUGGCUCACCAAAAAUGAACUCGACGAUGAAGUGGCAGAGAGCUUGGCGGAGAUGUUGGAAGUCAACCAGACAUUGAAACAUUUAUGGCUUAUCCAGAACCAGAUCACAGCCAAGGGCAUUGCGCAGCUGGCAGACGCGUUACGGAGGAACACGGGCAUCGUGGAGAUUUGCCUAAACGGGAACUUGAUAAAGCCGGAGGAGGCCAAAGUCUUUGAGGAUGAGAAGCGGAUCAUCUGUUUCUGAGAGGAUGCUUUCCUGUUCACGCGUCCGGGCCCUGCGAGGCUCUUGAGCAGCAGACGCCCCUCUGUGCGGUCCCCUCGUCUGAGAUGUCUGAAAGGACUCUGCUGAGAGGGGACCGCCAGGAGUCCACUGCCUUCGUGAUGCGGAUCAGCCCCCACGCGGACGCUCUGCCUGGCAGGCUCUCCGCAUAGCUGCUCUGUUUGCAGGGGAAGAGUGUGCUCUGUGAGCCAUUUUCGUUACCGUAAACGUACUAAGAGGAGGCAUUAAUGCGUAUCCAUGAUUCUUUUAACCUGAAACUAGAGGAAUGAGACUUUGAGUUCAUAAAAACACCUGCCCUGAGGACCAGGAGUGCGUUGGUCACUGCCAUCUUCGUCAAAGAGUUGGGACACACGGUGCCGAGUGCCUUGGAGAGAGAAAGGUGCUCGACGAACAGGUGUUUUUCCCUGAAAUGUUCUCUUCUUCCUCGGUUCUGCUCCACGUGCUGAUGUCAUCCCCGCUUCCCAGAUGCAGCUACCGAGGUGCCUACAGUGUGCGGAUUUGACUCAUCCAAGGUUCUGCAGAAAGUUGGUGCCAAGGGAAGGACUCGUCGCAGGCUUGUUUCAGUCGUGGGGUCUCGCCGUCUGCCGACAAAGAUCACCGGGUGCCCUCUUAGCCGGUCUAAGAGAAAGGAUGACGAUGCCUUCAGAUGCCGAGGUUCUGCCCGAGGAUUUCUCCUGGAUAGGCUGACGUCCUCCCGUGAGCGAAUACUGUGGGCAAGGCCGCUGUGCUCCAGGAAGAAGGAUCACUGCCCGCUCUCCAAAAGGAACCAGGCGUGCCUUACCUCUGUGGCCCUGGCAGCCACAGAAGCUUCUCUCUCUCGCCCUCUUGAGGAAGGGGAGUCUCCUCCUGCCCGUGAGUAGUUGUGAGAGUGACUGAGCUGGAGCCAGGACUCAGGGAACCGCUGGAACCUGGGUAGCGGAGCAUGGUAGACACCUGCCACCAUGGCGGGCAUGUGGUGGAUGCCAGGUGGGGGAGCUGGUGGUCGAACCAGAGGACUUGUUCUUUUGCUAAUUCAUUUGCUAAUAAAACACUGAAAACACUCAACUAUUUCUAA